AUGUCGACCUCAAACAAUAACACCCCACCGCCCUCAUUCCUUCGCCGCAGCAGCCCGUUUGUCAGGAAGCCUAGGACACCUUCUCGAGCAAGUGGAGGCGCUAGGGGCAACGGCAGUCCUUUGAUCAGCAAUAGAAGACCGGUAGGGGGUCCUUCCUCUCUAAGAUACAGAAAAGACCAGCCUAAUUCUGUUGCGGUGAAAAAGGAGGAAGAAAACGAAGGGGUUUUUCAGGAAUUCAAAAUCACCGCAUGCACGAGAGAAGAAAUUGAAAAUGUUCAAUACCAUUUGAUGAAAUUUCAAUCGAGAAACGAGGUGAAUCCUGUGAAAGACUUCACCAAGCCAAUCAGACUCCAUAGAAAAGAUCCUAGAAAUAUGCAGUUCCAGCUAACUCUUAAGGAAAUUGAUGAACGUGAACAAUUGAACCGGGAAUUGAGAGGGGAAACCGCUGAUGAUUUGGGAGAUGGCAACAACAACGAUAACGGGAUGGGAGCUGCCCUUGAUUUGGACGCUUUGGAGGCAAAGGAGGUUGAAGAAGAAGCUCAGACCGUAGCGCCAGAACCAAAAGCUGGUCCAACAAAUAUCGCUCCUGAGAAGCAAAAGGGGAAAAAUAAGAGAAAGACCAGGGAAGUGAGAGUGAUGAACGAAGAUGCCAGAAAGUUGAGAUACGAAGAAUUUUAUCCUUGGGUCAUGGAAGAUUACGAUGGCCUGAACACUUUUGUGGGUAAUUAUGAGGCAGCAACAACUGUGGGACAUAAUCAUGCGUUGUUAGUGCCGGUAGCUGAUGGGAGUUUCAAGAUGAUACCGAUCAAUAAGAUUUACAAGUUCACUCCAAGAAAUAAAUACGCUACUUUGACAUUAGAGGAAGCAGAACAGAGAUUACAGGAAAGUAAUUCCGUGCCAAGAUGGGUGAUGGAGAAGAUUGAUGAUGAAGAAGAAGAUGGGGUCAAGACCGGUAAUACCAAGAAAAAGAAUGCCAGAAGAAAUAGAUUCAAAACCGUGUCGACUGACGAUUUAUUUGGUGACGAUGAUGACGACGAACGGAAAAGAAAUUCCGAUAAUGAUGGGAUGGAUUACGAUGAAGAAUUUGCAGAUGACGAAGAAGCACCAAUUGUUGGAGAUCAUAAUGAUGAAGAAGAAAAAGAAUCAAGAAAGAGAAUGGAAAAAGAAAUGUUGAGUGCUAACACUGGUUUAGAACAAACAGUAGAUGACGAUGUCAAUGAUUUAUUUGAUGAAGAAGCAAAGAAAAAGUUCGAUAAAGAAGGUAAGAAGUUGAAGAAGACUUUGGUGAAGAAUGAGUAUGGCCAGAUCAUGUAUGAGUCCGAAGACGAAGAGAACCCUUACAUGUCUGAUUCUGAUCUUGAGACCAGUGAAUCUGAAACCGAAGUUAAAAAAGAAGAAACCAACGGAUUGGAAGGAUUGAAUGAUAGCAAUAAGGCUUCCAAAAGUACCAGUCCUAUGCCACCACACGCUCCUCAGAUUUCUGUUAAAUUGCCAAUCAAUAAUCCAAUAGGGUUUGUUACUUUCACCGCUAGUAAAGCGUUGUUGUCACAAUUCCCAGGCGGUGAUUGGAACCCGGCGGUCUCCAAGAAGAGAUCUAUUGAAUCUGCCGGGGAGAAGGAAAAAUCACACAAAAGACAAAAGACAAAAGCCGCUUCUCCUGGGGCUGCUGCUGCUACUGGAGCCAUAUCCUCUCCUGGAUCUCCAGGCAGUCCAGGGUAUUCUUCCGACGCAAAUGAUCCAACAUUGCUUACUCAAGAGGAGAUUGUUAAUUUGAUCAGUACUCGUGAGCUUACAGCUAAAGAGUUGUUUGUUGAAUUGAAACCAAAGAUUGCAAAGAAUAAAGCGAACAAGGAAAUAUUCAAGACAUUAAUUAAAAAACUGGCCAAAGUUAAGAUCAAUGAUAAAGGCAUCAAGGUCUUGGUAUUAAAGAAUACAAACUAA